CAGAGGUGAGGGUCUGGCUUCUUUCUGUGGAAAAGCGCAGCGAUCUUUCCUCCUGGAGCAGCCUUGGCAGGGGGCUGGAGCGCUCGGUCUGCCCGGUCUGGUCUUGGGGGCCAGGGCUGGGUUUCCCUCAUGUAUGGCAAGAGCCCUACGCGUGCUGUGCUUUUUCUCCUUGGCGUACAGCUCACAGCUCUUUGGCCAACAGCAGCUGUGGAAAUUUACACCUCUCGUGUGCUGGAGGCGGUCAAUGGGACAGAUAUUCGGUUAAAAUGCACUUUUUCCAGCUUUGCCCCGGUGGGUGAUGCUCUAACAGUGACCUGGAAUUUCCGUCCUCGAGAUGGGGGCCCUGAGCAAUUUGUUUUCUACUACCACAUGGAGCCCUUCCAACCCAUGAGUGGGCGUUUCAAGGACCGGGUGGUCUGGGAUGGGAACCCUGAGCGGUAUGAUGUCUCCAUCAUGCUCUGGAAGCUGCAGUUUGAUGACAAUGGGACAUACACCUGCCAGGUGAAGAACCCACCUGAUGUUGAUGGGCUGAUAGGAGAGAUCCGUCUCAGUGUCGUGCAAACAGUGCGCUUCUCUGAGAUCCACUUUCUGGCUCUGGCCAUUGGCUCCGCCUGUGCGCUGAUGGUCAUAAUAGUAAUUGUGGUGGUCCUCUUCCAGCAUUUCCGGAAAAAGCGAUGGGCUGAAAGAGCUCAUAAAGUGGUGGAGAUAAAACCAAAAGAAGAGGAAAGGCUCAACCAAGAAAAAAAAGUCUCUGUUUAUUUAGAAGAUACAGACUAACAUCUUGAGAUGGAAGCUGAAGAUUUCCAAGAACAAUCCUAGGUUAAGCUGAAGUUAAUGGAAGCUUUUCUUUGGCUUUUCCAGUUGUGACCUGUCUUCCAACCAGUUCUGCAGUAUAUAACUACCUAGACAAGUCAACGUUCCUCUGCAGCCAGCAUAGGGUCCUUAGGCAGAUAGCACUGGACUCACACAUAGCCCCAUUACUAAGGUUUUAUUUAAUUUCAGAGUGCAGAUAUUUUUCAAAUGUUUGUUAGUUUUUGCAUAUGAAGAGGCUGUAUUUUUGCCCUUAAACACUCCUUGUGGAUUACAACUUGUAUACUCAUAAUUUGGCAUCAAAUGGGAUAAAAGCCAACUUGUCUGUCAUAACAUUUCCUUUAAUAUUAAUUUCCUUAGAGCACCAUUCUUGCUACUAAAGUUAACAUGUCUUCUUUUUCCUUCUCACACUCUCAAUUAAAAGGUGAGAUCAUUCUCCCUGCUGUGUUUUUUUUUUUUUUUUUUUAGGGCCACACCCUAACCACACCUUGGUUCCCAGGCAAGGGGUCCAAUGGGAGCUACAGCUGCCGGCCCACACCACACAGGAUCUGAGCCAAGUCUGUGACCUAUCCCACAGCUUACAGCAAUGCCAGAUCCUUAAUCCACUAAGCAAGGCCAGGGAUUGAAUCCACAACCUCAUGGUUCCUAGUCAGAUUCAUUUCCACUGUGCCAUGAUGGGAACUCCCCUCCCAGCUCUUUUUGACUGAUUAACAGAAAAACCUAAAUCCAAACAGUUUGAUUUUUAUGGCUCUUAUGGGACAAAUCUUGUUUUAUUGAAUUUCUUUCAAUAUCCUAGAUGGCAAGUUUUUGUUUCUUUGUUUUUGAACAAUGGAUCCAAGGUUUAUAGUAGCACAAGUCUAAACCACAGAGUAACCAAGGAUGGUUACAUAAAUGCUAAUAGAUUGACAAAUGCCACCUCAAGAUUACUUGUCACCUUUUGUUCAGUGCUGUGACAAGCAAUCAAUAGCACAGAUCUUUCAUGAGCACUGAAUGACUGUUUGGCUUACUAUACCCCCAAUUUAUUUAUAAUAACAAAAUCUAUGCUCAUUUGUAGACUGGAAUCAUUAAGCAGUUAAAUGGAAGGAUUCUGUAGCAGUAUAUUAAAAAUUAAAACUUUAGGGCUGGUGAAUAAAAAUCAACCCUAAAUGAUGAUAAUUUUGUGUAAUGUUAUACAAAACUCUGAGAACAAGAAGAGAUUGUUUAAA